AUGUCGACAGUAGAUUUAGCAAGUUUGGUAAAUUUAUUACAAUCUACAAAGGUAAAAGACAGGAAUGAUGCAUUGACACAUUUGGAGCAAGUUGCCUCCUCGCGUAUUCGUUUAUCACUGAAACAACUACGUUUGUUGGCAACAGCAGUAUUUCUGCUUAUUGAGUAUGAGUCAAGAGCCUAUGGUCUGGAGAAGUCAACUCUGAAUGCAGCAGGGGAUAUGCGACUCAAUUCCGCAAGUUACUCUUUGCGUUUGCUCGUGCAAAAAUCGGUUGAUGACAAAUUGAAUGUAAAAUACAAAGUUUACAUGGACAUUUGUGUGCAUAUUAUCAACUUAUUCUAUAUCCAAGACGUGAAGGUGAAAGAUGUACCAGAAUUACUUUUGCCUUGUACUAUUGAUUUUGUCAAGAUCAUUGCAAAGAUCAUGAGCGUCGCAUACUUUAUUGACCAUUUAAGUAAUAAAGAGUGGUCAACAUUAUAUUCAUUUCUAAUUCGAGCCAUAGAUUACGAGUUGCGAGAUUUACACGAGAAUGUAUAUAGCCAAAAACCAGCAGAGAGAAUUCUUACAGAAUUGUGGCUUGCAUUGGAACUAUUUUUAAACUGUGAGAAUGCUACAUGUGGCAUUCAAAUCUACCAAAACAAGCAAUAUUUCAAACUCCUUGCUAUAGUAAAUUGUGCACGCAAUGUUUUUAAAAAAGAAAGCCCCAUUUAUAUUUCAUUAUUCAAGGUUAUAAACAAAAUGAUUGCGAUGUUUGCUACGGAAGAUGUCAAGUUUGUGAACAAGAUGAUAACCAUUGGUCUUGACUUGGUGCUAAACUGUUUAACAACAAAUUGGGAACGUUUAUACGACCAGUUUUUGAUCUUUUUAAAUUUACCAUCGACACAUCAUUUUAUAACUUUAGAAGGAGGCUUACCAAAACUAGAUGGUGAUUGUGAUUUACAACUAACAAAUAUCUUGGAGGAAUCUGAGUUUCAACUGUUGGAGGAGAACAAAGAAGGCAGCAAAGAUAAAACCAAAAUGGAAAGCAAGAUAGAGGAUUUAAACUUUUUGCUAAUUAAGCUUGAGAAAUUGAUUCUCUUUUUUAUUCAAUCAACUUCGUCUGCAUCGAAAGACAUUGUAUCUAACAGUAUAGGCUUGUCAUCUUCAUUGGGUGCACCUUCAACAGAUAUCACGGCAUGGUCGUGUCUAGAGAAUAUCCAUCUUGUACUGAAAAACGAAUCCCGUUCCUGGUUGCUUAUGACUGCAACAGUGAGAUUAUUGCAUUCAUAUUAUAAUAUCAAAAGCAUUCUUGGCUUUUUUUCUUCAUCUAUUUUAUCAUCAUCAUCACCAUCAUCAUCGUCAAAAUUACGUGACGGUCGUAUUUAUAGAGGAACUUCAACAGAUAUUUUGAAAUCUGCUCUAAUUAAAUCAGACUCCGCUAUUGAGUUUUGCGCUGAACUAUUGUCUGCAACUUCCCUACCACAAUUGCGAAUUAAAGGGUUGAAAACAUUAACGUUUUAUUUAGAAAUUUUUCCUUUUCCAUUGGUAAAUGAAAAGGGAAAUGUAUUAGGAAAUAAAUUUGAAAAUGGGAUUGGAAAUGGAAAUGGAAAUGAAAACGAAGUUGGUGAAGAAAAAAUUCAAGAGGUCACUAGCAAUGCCACGGGACAAAGGCAAAAGCUGACUGAUGAAUUUGUUCUUCUAGCAGCAAAUGAAACUACAAACACAUCAUUUGAUUUCACUGUUCUUGAUGAUACGAAAAAUACAUUUAAUGCGGAAACUAUGUUACGAAAAAUCACAGACUCUUUUGAUAUUGAAAACUCGGGUUUUUGGAAUUUACUACUUUCCAGGACCAUUUUUUUUCUGAUCAAUCUCUCGGCAUUUAGAGAACGCAAUGUGAGAGAGUUUGUUCAGUUGGUCUUGUUGUUAUCAUUUAAUCAACUCCAUAAAGAACAGACAUUCACUGUUUCUGCAAAUGUCAUUAGUUUCAUAUUGGAAAACUUUCGACAUGACAUGCACAAAUUGAUUGAUGACUCUAUUUUAACCCAAUUGGAAACUGCUAUUGAUUUUCCAGAAGCAAAUGGGCCAUUUACACUUCACGACGAAAGUUUUACAUUUUGGUACAAUGUCUACCAACUAGUGGUGGAUAUCGACCUGUCCAAGAGAACAAUUUUGCCGGCAAAGAUUGCGCAUUGGCUAUUGGCUAAAUGGGAUAUGGUGUUUUGCAAACAUAGCCAUGGUCAGCAGCAUCGCAUGCAAAGACAAUGCAUGUCGAUUCCACAGUUCUUGAUUUGGUUAUCGGGAGGAGAAAUUAGUUUGGGUAAAGACACCAUGUCGUCUACUAAUCUUCCCAAAAUUGUCCCGUUUUCCAACUUGUUCAAAAUUCAAGAAGAAAGCAAUCUUCUUGAGCAAUUUAUGAUUUUACAAAAACAAAAAAGGCAAAUCUUUUAUAAGUUUAUAGGCAAACUUGAAGGUGUUGCUUUCAAGUUGGAUGAUAACCUUUGGGACAAAGUACUUGCAACUCAUAUGGUCUUCAGCACAGGUAAUCCAGACUACAUUGGAUCUUUAUUGUGGUUGUUAAACACAAUAUCUUUACUAGGAUUGCUUGAAUCGAGUGAUAUUUCAGAUCUGUCAAAAAAAUCUAAAACUCUACAAGAUCAGCUUUCCCAAGGGUAUGACUUGUUUUCCAGUGCAAAGUUUACAAAGGAAACAGUGUCUCAUAUUUCAGAAAUCCUUGUGGAGUAUUUACCUUGCUUAUCCUUAGAAACUUCAAAAAUCAUUUACUCGUUCCCUUUUCACAACAUUUUUAAAACCAUAGAGUCCUUUUUUGCUGAUACUAGUAAAUCCAAGAAACGAAGAAUAAACAUUGAAAAAGAAGAAGACGAAGAAGGACUGGUUGAGAAGAAGAAUUAUCAGAAAAUAACGAAUCAAGGAACGCAAAUUAGUGAUGAUUCUUUAGUAUUUGAUAAAUUUAUGAGUGAGACGCCCGAAGCAAAGCUCAACAUAAGUUUAGAUACAAAUGGAAACGAAAACUACAUUUUGAAUUAUAUAACACUAAAGCGAUUGGUGUAUAAGCUCCAUGCCCUACCAAACGAAGACCUUUUAUCAGAACUCGUUGUUGUUAUAGAUCAACUUAUGAAUAGCGUUAGCAUCACCAACACCAACAAUAACAACAACAAUAACGAUAACAAUAACAAUAACAUUGUUAUAGAUGCAUUGUCGCUUAUAGUUGACGAGAUAUUACCAUUUGCUCUCUCGUCCACAGAUAGUACAACUGCAUCAAAAAGCUUGAUAAGACUUAUUGGAGCCCAUAUUUUAAUGGACCAACGAUACGAAAAAAAAGAAUGCAUACUUGUUAUGAUAUCACGUUGUUUGCAGCAAUUUUUCACCUUUUGCAACUUUGCUAAUCUGGAUCCUGCUCUACAGUCUGAUAUCAGCGACGUUGUAAUCUGGCUCCACACACUUAGCAGUAAAGAUUUUAUCACCUCAAAGCUUGCAAUUCAAGAAUUUGUUCAAUUUUGCAUUGCGUAUUUGCAGAACAACAAUGAAGGGAUUUUACCACGUCAAGUUGUUAUGAAUGAAGCAUUGCGUCAAUUCCAAGUCUGCCCCAACGUAUCUAAAAUAUUUUUGCAAAAGUCAUUUUCGAAGUUGAUGACCAAACUACGAUCAAGAGAACAACAAGAACUAUAUAGCAAACUAUUUGAUGCGUUUGAUAGCCCUCAGUCUGGUAUUGAAGGGGGUGCUACUUUUGCAAUGUUUUUAUCGGGCCUUUCUACUUCGCUGACAAGAGUUUUUCUGUUAUCAUUGUUUAACUUGGUUGAAUGUUCGCGAUUUCCUCAUCUAUUGCCAUAUUUGAAACUAUCUAUUAAGAGAAUGACCGAUCCAUCGGAACUGACAAGUUUUGCUAAUGUUGGUGAUAUAUUUACCAGAUUCAAAACUGAAUUAUUACAUGAGUGGUGGAUCCAUGAUCUGUUUGAUACUUUCCCAUUUUCGGUUUUUGGAUUCCAAAAUUAUGAUAUCUUUGUUUUGAGUAAUUACAGAGAAAUCACUGCCUGCGUCAUUGGUACAAAGAUUGGGGAAGGUUAUAAUAAGCGAGUGGAGACUGUUCUUCAACAAAUUACUGAGUUACGGAACUCACCGCACAAGGCAGUUAUCAAUGAGAGUUUGGCGUUAAUUUUGCCAUAUGCUUAUACUAAAGAUGGGGUUGGUAACAAAGUAUUUGAUAUUAUAUUCCAGAAAAACGAUGAAUAUCGAGCCAAUAUUUCAGAACAAUUGCCCUUGAUAAUUCUGGAAACUAUUAAGCUUAUCGAUGUGCAUCUGGAAAGUGACAUGAAUGCGAUGUUUGUCCAUAACAAUAAAAAUAAGACUCUCUUUGAUGGGACCUCCAAGCUUGACGUGUCAAGCAAUCUUACUAUAUCUUUAAAGAUUGGAAUGGAUCUUGUUACCAAAUUAAUAGACAAGUUCCAAAAACCCCGCGAGAUAAACUUUUGGAGGCCUUCAGUUGUAUAUUUUCUUCUUAGACAGCAGAGCUUGUUGCUUUCCCCACAAUCAACAUCCGUGCUGGAGAACAUCUCAAUUUUAAGAAGAAUAAAGCUUUUGAUUUUGAUUGGUGGUGGAGGUGGUAAUGGUGAUGGUGAUACCAGCGGUGAUUACCAAAUCACCAGCUCUUACGAAAUUUUUAAUCUUUUGACAAGAGCACUAUUACCACUUUUGAACAACCAAAGUCUAUCAAAUGACGUUUUCGGUAUAUUGAUGUGUUUUGAUACACUUUUUGAGAAGGUGAACAAAUUUCACAUGAUGCGAGAUGUAAUUGUUUUGAUUAUCCAUUCGAUGUUCAAGUAUUGGCUUGAAAUGGACAAGGGUAAAAGAACGACUUUGCACAAUGGCACAAAGUUUCUUGGCAUGGUCAAAAAUUGGUUAUUGUCAGUGGAUGUCCUCGACUCUCAUAGAUCUGAAUAUACUGUUGUCACCAGUGCACUUUCAAAGCUAGUGGGGGAUGAACCAAAAUUGUUAAAAAUUCGAGAUGUGAUGACAUGUUUGCAUGAAAAUACAACAAACUCAUUGUUGAUGCUUAUCUCGGCGAUUUUCCACGAAGUUGACUGCACCGAAGUUUUUGAAGAUAGAAAAGUAACUGAUUUUAUUAUUAAAUUAAACAGUUUAGUAAUGAAAGAGUUAUCCAGCGAGUUCAAAGUUUGGAUAGCAACAUACUUGUCAAACUUUACUUCAAGUUGUGAGAAUGCCAAAGAGCUCGACAUCGUGCAGAAGCCGGAGUUUAUCAACCUUUUACCAAAGCAAAAAACAAAACAUUUUUCUCUCUAUAAUAGUGCCUUGCUGAUCUUGUCGGAAAUUUUGACAAAUAACCAUUUAAAUGAAAAUGUUGAUGGAAACACUGUUUCUGCGGAGGUUGCGACAGCUUUAAAUGGCGCUGUUUCUUCCUCUUCCGUUGCUGCUUCUAUUGAAACUAUUACAGGUGCAAUCAUGUGGUGUUAUGAACAAAAUCCCAAAUCAGUCACCAAGUUUUUUGAAUUUGAUGAUUUCUACAACACGCAUAAAGGCUAUAUUUUAUCAUUGAAUAUUUCAAAUUGCGUCUUACUCAAUGUUAAAUCCUGGAUGCAGGCACCAAAGUAUACAUUGGAGGAAAUAUCUCGAAAUACUACAAGUUUCUUUGAUAAUCAUUCAGAUGACUGGUGUGUUGCCUUAUAUUUGGCGCUAUUGGAAGAAUUGGUGGCUUUGCUGGAUGUGGCACGUAUACUUGGUUUAUUGGUGAUUGAAUAUCCUUACUUUGCUGAACAGACACUUACUUCGCUAAUUUGUUUGUACUUGCAAACAGUGGCCAAUGAUCAUGGUUUGGACAAUAUUGUUUUAGUUUUGAAUAAUUUUACCACUAUGAAACACAUUCCUAAAAGUGCCAGCAAAUCUAUUCUUCAAGUUGUUUUAACUAUUCGAUUAAUUGCUAAAUCAUUGAAGAUACAUGCUUUUGAAGAAGUGUACAAAGAAGUGCUGGUUGAAAAAUACUAUCGAUUGGCAUCAAGGUUAAAAAUGUAUCAUACCGCAAUGAUGCUUUUUGAAGAUGCUUACUUUACAAAUGGUUUUGAUAAUAGUAAUGCUGAUCGAAGACGAGGGGACGAAGGAGAAGAAGAAGAAGAAGAUGAUGAUGAUGAUGUAGAGAAGGAAAAGGCAAAGGAAAAAGGGCAUGAUGGUAAUGCUGGUGAUGAUGCCGUGGAUAAAGAGUACAGUGAGUUGCAUGAGAUAUAUGAAAAUGUUGACUCAACAGACCUCAUCUAUGGCUUGUCAGAAAUGCCUACUUUCGAUUACGCCCUAAGUAUGAUCAACAAAAAUGGUACCUCUGGAGAACAAUUAAGCUAUAAUAGUGGUAUUUUUGAUGCUAGUAUUAAACUUGAAGGCGGAUUUGCCUCUGAAUAUGCGCACUCGCUUGCAAAUGUCGGAAUGUUGGGUACCUCGGACGUUAUGAGCAAAAUCUCAAAUACCACAGUAUCAUCUGAUGAGAGGUAUGAAUGGAGUUGGAAAUUGUCGAAAUGGGAUCAACCAGUGCCGCGAGAUAUGUCAGGUCCUCAUGCACUGAUCUAUAGUACCUUGAAGCAAAUAAGGGACCAUCCCGCAAAAAUCAAAGAAAUUUGCCGCCAAUCACUUUUGAAAAUUGUUGAAUGUGAUCGAUACGACAAAGAAAUGAGUUUGAAAGAAGCAAAGGAGAGUACAAGGCGCUGGAUAGAAUCCAUUACUGUUGUCCAAAGUAUAUCCGAUAUUAUGGAAGUGGACGGGAAAGUAAAGGGCACGGAGGAUGUGGAAGGAAAACUUAGCCAGCAAGCACGUUAUACCAAUGACAUUCAAGAAUUUACACUUUGUGAGAACAAAAUUCUUGCUCGUGAAACGGCUUUGCAAAUAAUGGCACAGGCUUUGGACUCGAAUUUUAGUACUGGAAUAUUUUGGUCCAAAUCUUUAACAGAAAUGGUAAAGUACAAUAAUCUAGCACGAGUUAAUGGCGAACAGCAGAAGAUGGUGUCCUCAAUGGUCAUGAUUAAUAGUAUAUCAAAGAAGUUGCAAGUUUGUGGAGAAGGCUCUUUUCAUCAAAACAUGCAGAAUUUAUCUCUUUUUCAAACAGCGCAAACAAUGUGGGCACAAGGAAAUAACACAAACGUUCCAGUGUUGAUGUUGAAGGAGUUGUAUAAGCUGGGUGGUGUUGAUGUGCAAGAUGCCAAUUUAAAAGUGGAUAAGCUUUUAAUUCGAGCCAUGAUGGUUAAAUGGAUGUCAGAGUCCCGUCAAGAGUUGGCACUCACAUUGAUGAACUCUCAUGUUCUCCCAACCGCUGAAAAAGCAGUCUUGAUUCCUGACUUGGCGCAACAAACCAAGAUAUAUCGCUUGUUGGCGAACUUUUGUGAGGACCAAGCCAAAUCAAGGACCUUGAAUGAAAGAUUGAAACAACUUGAAAAACGUGUCAAAGGAAAAAGAGCUGAGUUGCUUGAAAUGAAGUUACACAAGUCUGAUGGCUCUUCUUUGUCUGAUAAUGAGCGAAGAGCUUUUAAUAGAUUUUACCUCAGUCUGAAAAACGUGUAUGAGAAAACUGAAACUGAGUAUAUACAAGCAAAAAAUGAGAAGAGGCAAUUUUCGCAUAAAGCUGUUGAGUUUUAUUUACAAAGUUUGGCAGUGGGUAGCAGUUCAGAAAAGGAUUUAGACAAAUUCGUUGCACUUUGGUUAGACUUGAGCAACGAUCAGGAUUUGCAUGCAAAAGUGCGUGAUAAUUUGCUCUCAUUACCCACGCACAAGCUUGUUACUUGGUGUGCUCAAUUUGUUUCGAGGCUUUCAAGUGGUAAUACACUGGCAUUUCAAACUCUUUUGAAGCUUCUUAUCAGAAAUAUAUGUGUUGACCAUCCUUACCAUUCUUUGCAUCUAUUGUUGUCGUUGCAAAUGCAAAAAGACCAAGCCAAGAGAGACGCAAAUUCUUUGUUAAUGUCAAAAGUUAAUGCGGCACAAACUAUAUGGGACGAAUUAUUGAAGCAGGAGACUUCAUUUGUAAAGAUUGUUUUGGCUGUUCAACAUUAUGCUCAUGAAUGUGUUGACUUGGCAAAACUCAAAACUAAAAGAGGUCAGCGUAGUUUUAGCUUAGACAAGACGAAACAAGCCGAUUAUUGGAUCAAUGGCCCAUUGCCAAGUAUCCCUCCGUUGACAAAGGAUUUGCCUCUUGAUCUUACAUUGAAAUAUGACAAUAUUCCAAUUAUUUGCUCAAUCAAUAAUGUGAUUCAAGUUGCUGCAUCUGGAUUGAGUGCCCCAAAAAUAGGCACGUUUUUGCUCUCGGAUGGUUCGACACAUAGAAUGUUAUUCAAGAGUGGGACCGAUGACUUACGACAGGAUUUCAUUAUGGAACAAGUUUUUCGCAAAGUUAAUAAUUUAUUCAAAAAAGACCGCGAAUGUAACUCGAGAAAUUUGACUAUUCGAACAUAUAAUGCAAUUCCAUUAGGACCAAAUUCUGGUGUCAUUGAGUUUGUUCCUAAUUCUAGUGCUUUAUUAGAUUGUAUUUACCCAUACCAUAAGAAAUUUGAUCAAAUAAGUUAUGAACAAGCGAGAGCUAUCAUGCAUGAAGCUCAAACUCUAGGGAAAGAGCGACGAAUUCAAGCGUACAAAGAAAUUGAAACUAAAGUGAAGCCCGUUCUCAAACUAUUUUUUCAAGACGAAUUUUUAACUCCAGACUCAUGGUUUCAAAGUAGAAUGAAUUACUCGCGUGGGUUGGCUGCAUCUUCUAUUGUGGGUUAUAUCUUGGGUCUUGGCGAUCGCCACUGCAACAAUAUCUUGCUAGAUAAACUGACUGGUGAACCAAUCCACAUUGAUCUAGGUGUGGCAUUUGAUCAAGGAAAAAAACUCCCUAUUCCUGAGACUGUGCCUUUCCGUUUGACAAGGGAUAUGGUUAGUGGAUUGGGCGUAACUGGAGUUGAAGGGCUUUUCAAAAAAUCUUGCGAGCAUACUAUGCGUGUGUUAAGAGAAAAUAAGGAGCACAUUCUUUCCAUAUUAGAUGUGUUACGAUGGGAUCCUCUUUACUCAUGGACGGUUUCGCCAUUACGUAAAAAAAAAUUACAAAAUGAAGCAAAUGGUCAAAUACAAAAGCCAGAGGAGGAUGGAUCCGAGGCUGAGCAGGCUGUACUGACAGUUUUGGAAAAAUUGAUUGCAAACGAUCUUAGUGUUGAGGCAGCAGUAAGAGAAUUGGUUCAGGAAGCUACUAGUGUUGAUAAUUUAGCACUUAUUUACAAAGGUUGGUCUCCAUUCUUUUGA